AGUUGCCCAGCCCUCACCCUGUCCCUGUCCCCCGCAGGUCCCUCGCCCUGGGGCAGCAGUACAGCUCCCUGGGAUCCCAGCCCAUCCUGUGCGGCUCCAUCCCGGGCCUGGUCCCGAAGCAGCUCCGCUUCUGCCGCAACUACAUCGAGAUCAUGCCCAGCGUGGCCGAGGGGGUGAAGUUGGGCAUCCAGGAGUGCCAGCACCAGUUCCGCGGCCGCCGCUGGAACUGCACCACCAUCGACGACAGCCUGGCCAUCUUCGGGCCCGUCCUGGACAAAGCCACCCGCGAGUCGGCCUUCGUGCACGCCAUCGCCUCGGCCGGCGUGGCCUUCGCCGUCACCCGCUCCUGCGCCGAGGGCACCUCCACCAUCUGCGGCUGCGACUCCCACCACAAGGGGCCCCCCGGGGAUGGUUGGAAGUGGGGGGGGUGCAGCGAGGACGCUGAUUUCGGGGUGUUGGUGUCCCGGGAGUUCGCAGACGCGCGGGAGAACCGCCCGGACGCUCGCUCGGCCAUGAACAGGCACAACAACGAGGCCGGGAGGACGACCAUCCUGGACCACAUGCACCUGAAGUGCAAGUGCCACGGGCUGUCGGGGAGCUGUGAGGUGAAGACCUGCUGGUGGGCCCAGCCCGACUUCCGGGCCAUCGGGGACUUCCUGAAGGACAAAUACGACAGCGCCUCGGAGAUGGUGGUGGAAAAGCACCGGGAAUCCCGGGGCUGGGUGGAAACUCUCAGGGCCAAGUACGCGCUUUUCAAGCCGCCCACGGAGCGGGACCUGGUCUACUACGAGAACUCGCCCAACUUCUGCGAGCCCAACCCCGAGACGGGCUCCUUUGGGACCAGGGACAGGACCUGCAACGUCACCUCCCACGGCAUCGACGGCUGUGACCUGCUGUGCUGCGGCCGCGGCCACAACACCCGGACUGAGAAGCGCAAGGAGAAGUGUCACUGCAUCUUCCACUGGUGCUGCUACGUGAGCUGCCAGGAGUGCACCCGCGUCUACGACGUCCACACCUGCAAGUAGGCCCGGGGAGGUGUCCACUCGUGGAGGUGCCCCAGGGCAGGGCCCAGGGGUGCAGCCCCUGUGGCCUCACACUGCAGAGGACGGCACAGAACUGCUGGUGGCCCCAGCCCCUCACCCGGGUCAGGGCUGGCCUGGUGCUGCAGCUGGGUGGAUCUGUGACUGCUGCUCCCAGGGACAGGCAGGGAUGGGGGAGCCCAAGCCAGGCCUGGCCAUGGCAGGCAGAGCUGCCACAGCACACCCUGAGCUCUGUCCUAGGCCAGGGGUCCUGCCUGUGCAGACACCGGUACAGGAGUCAGGUGGAAAUGGGUUUUACACAGUGAGAGCUGAGCAGACACAGCUCCCCCACUGCUGUCCUGGGCUUGGCAGAUGUGGUGGGGAAGAGGGAAGGAGGCAAAUCCUCACACCAGCCCAGCUCCCUCCUGCCUGCUCCAAGGAGACAAUGCUGGAGAACCAAACCUGUCCGAGCACACAGAGCCCACGGGUGGUCUCUCCUUCCCUCUCCCCUCUGCUUUCCCUGCUCCCCACAGCCCCACAUCUCCUACAGUCCCCUGGGGAGGAUGGCAGGAAGGCAGAGCCCAGAGCUGAUCCUCCAGCACAUGGCCCAGGACAAGGGCAGGGCACAGGGCACUGCUGGCACCUCUCACAGGGGACACAGCGUCCAGGGUGGAUCUCAAGGAUCUGGGAUCCACCAGAUCCACACCUAUUGACUAAGCAUUCCCUGACAUGACUUUAUAUCCCAGAGGGAGCUCAGGGAUGCCCCUGGGGACAGGUGACCUGCCAGGUGAGCUGCUGCUCCAGCUCUGGACAUCAGCGACUCUGGGGAGACAGAGGCCACAGAGAGAGGGAAUGUCUGUCCCAGGCCCCCCCAUCAGACAUGUGUGGUCCAACCACUGCACCCAGCGAGAGGUGAUGGAGACAGGGAAGGGAGACCUGUAUCCCACAGCACAACCCCCGGCAGACCCUCCCCUUCCCACAGAUCUGCUGAGCUGUCAGUUGUCCAUGAAGGCCCCACCAAGCACAGAGGCUCCAAACCAUCAGCAGGGAUUUGGGCCCCACCUCAGUGCAGGAGAACCAGGGUUUGUCCCACCACUGCUCCCCAGGCCCCCUCCCCUCCCUGAGCACACCUCUCACUCUGGGCUCACCUUUUCAGGGGGUAACUGACCCUGCAAAUCAAAAAAACAAGAUUCCCUCUGUCCUGGGGGGCUCCAGGACCAACAGCCCUGUUCAAAGGCACUGCUCACACAGCAGUGAUUCCACAGGGAAUCGUGGCCUGCCCAUCCCAGCUGUGGCUGCUGCUCCACUCCCUCCUUUCUCCAGGGGAAGGAGCAGCACAAAGAGCAAUAAAGGGGUGAGGGACCCUCCCAGGGGGCACAGAGAGGGCCCAGCCCUCACACCUGUGUGGGGACAACCAGAGCAAAAUUCCAGGUCCUUCCUGGGCAGGGUGAGAGGAGCUCCUGGACUCACAUGGCCAGAGGAGCCUCCACUUAAAAAAUAAAAUCACAGAGAGCUCAAAAGCCCUCCCCACUCAGAGCCAAGCCGUCCUCUGAUAUGCAUCUAUUUAAAGUAUAUAUUAAAUUCCACGUCUGGAAAGACUCCCAGUACCUGACUUUAAACAAAAUCCCCCUUUUGUUUGUUUUUUAAUCAAGAAAAGGUAUUUAAUAUUAAAUAGAACAUUUAUUGCCUUGUAAUUAUUUUACUGUAGCCAGGUAUUCUAGCACUGAAUGGAAGAUCUUUUUCCAUCAAUCUGCUGUAUCCAAAGUUUUGUAUAAAGUUGUAGAGGUCAAUUUUUUUUUAUUUUAUAUUCAGAAAAUUUCUCUUUUUAUAAGCAUUAUUUAUUAUACAAUGUAUAUACUUGAGUUAACUAAGAUUAUAUAUUAUAUAAAUAUAUAUAUUUGGAGAAAAAUAUAUUUCAACUUGCAUUUUUUUGUGGUACACCAUUAAA